CCUAGACCUAAUUCCCCAUCUCCCGAUCUCCUCUCCACUCCCAGAUCCCAGCCGCCACCCCCACGACAAUGAGUAGCUGCCGUUGUUUGCCCGGCCGCCACCGCUAGCUCCCUGCCCCAGCUGCCCACCGCGUCGAUUCGCUGCUAACCCGCCCUGCACGCCGCGGCAGCGCCGUCCGCCCAUCCCAAGUGCUCGAGCUCCCAAUCGUCCAACGCCCUAGCUACCCCCUAUGGCAUUCUUGGAGCCCAUGUCCGCUGCCAACGGCACCGGAUCUGGUGACAGCGACGCCACAUCCACGGCCUCAUCUCCGCCGGCCAGUCUGCGUCUCCGACAUCCCGAGCAAGAGGUGCCUGGCCGGCGACCUGACUACGGGCUCCCACGACCGGCAACGACUCUGACGGUGGCACCUCCGUGGAGCAGAAAACUGACCCCCAAGCACGGACCACCUUCCUCUCCAGAUCGCAGCAGUGACUUGCCUUCUCUGCAGAAGGUUAUAUUGGCUCCGUGGGUAGUUUCAUGUAUUGGGACGCUCUUCAACUUUACGCUCAUUUGCAUUCUUGUAGUCUCAUGGAUUUCUAUAAUAUUUGAAUACGCAGUGCUGAUGGACAGGAAGAACAAUGCCUGUCAUUCAGAUAAUUUGGUGUUCACUCGCUUGCGGAGAUUGGCAUAGGGAACAAGUCUUUUGGUUCAGCUCAAAACAUUAUGAUUUUGGACUAGAUAUCAACUACUCUUUGUUCUUACCGUGACAUGGCCAUAUGAUAUGGUUGCAAGCGAUUCUAGUUGUUGUUUCCGUCCCAUUAAUGUAAAUGUGACUUACAGUUACAUUGUUUUUAUCCAUU